AUGGGUUACAGAAAGCUAUCCCUCUUCCACAGGAUCAAAUCCAACAUCCCUCUCCUCAGUAGAUCCAACAUCCUCGUCUACGAAGGAAUUUUCCCAGAUGUCGGAGUUCCUACUGCCGUGAAUCUUGCCGAGGACGCGGUCAUCAAUGCGCUCGCCUGCCGUGUCAACUAUAACUCCGCGUCCAAAGAACUCGCCGUCACAGCCUGCGAGCCAAUGCAUACCUUGCACCGGACCUGGAUCAAACGCGAACUCGGCAGAGGCUUGCUAUCUGGCUCUUUCCUCGUCAACGAGUGGGGCGCUAUCGACUCCACGAAGGAAAAAAGUUUCGACGUCUUUAUGGCCUCGUACCAGGCCUCGUGGAGACAGCCCGAGUACUACCUGAAGCCGCGACACCAGGACCUUCCGACCCUGGUCGUGGAGAGCGGCUGGGCGAAGACUUAUCCCAGCUUGAUCCGAGACAAGGAUCUCUGGUUGAUCGGCGGCUCACCGCAUGUCAACGUCGUCAUCGUCAUCGAGUGGUCUACAUCUCCGAGGAACCGAAUCCGAGGUCGGUUGGAAGUUUACAGGAGACAAAGUGGAGUGGUGCAAGUGGAGUCGAUAUUCCCCGAACCUAGCCCGGGAGUAUUCCCCCAGGUGAUUCGAUUAACGAGGGACGAACUCUUCGACAAGGCAAAAUCCCCGCAUCGCGAUCCGGAGGAAAAGAUAGUUUUCUCGGUGGAUCGGCUGCGCGAGGCUGCGAGAAAAGCUUUCCACAAUGUUGGAUUUAUUCCUGCCUAG